UCGAGCUAUUUUUCGAGCAAAUUUAUGAGUGUGUCAUUUCAGUCGCCUUUUUUUCGCUGUGAAACGUUCUAAAAAUUGCACAAAUAUGUUUAUUAUUUAGUUUUGGUUGUGUAGUAAAGUGAACGCCGAGUUCCAGGCCAAUAUCUGGCCUUUUAGGAUAAUAAAAAAGUACAAUCCGUUCUCUAUCUGCCCAAAAAUCUUUAUACUGUUGUUGCUUUUGGCGUUGACGUCGCUGCCACCAACUAACAGCGCAUACAAGCUUCUACCACUGCCGCUGCCGACUACGUUGUCGCCACCGACGCUUUAUUAAAAAUAAAAGCAAACCAAUUGAUAUUCCAUUAACAUAUUAGAAAAUUGUGAUUAAACCAUAUGCAUAAAUGUCAAUUGCCUAAUACGUUAUGCAGUGAAACAGGUUAAUUGUGAGAAGUUUAGAUAAUAUAUGUGCCAACAGAAUCUGCUUCCUUGGGUUGCCCAUCAAAAAGCUAUAAGAACAAGCAGAUAUUAAAAUUUCGAUUCGUUCCAAUCCUCUAACGUUGGUGCACCUACAUAUGUACGUAUGUAUGUUUGUGCGGGUAGAAUCAUAAAAUUGCCAUGCUUCGCGUAGGAGAAGGUGGGAUUGCUGCAUCAGUGCUUUACUAAAGUCAACAAAUUUAGGCAUAACCAGCCUGGACAGCGUAAGUAUUUGCUUCAACUACUCAGCGAGAAAAAAGUCAAUUAUCGACGCCCACACCAAUCAAUUGACCCGAACUCAAACUUGCGUACUUCAAUUCGACACAGACGCUAUACAUCACACUGAGCUGGCUUUGAUACCAGCAGGCAACAUCAUUGCAGCGAAAACUGCCAUAGAACAAGUGCUCACCACUUCAGCAGCAACAUGUCGCAACAACCACUCAUUGUUCAAGCAGAGUAUUCGUUCAAGGGCGGCAAUAACGAUGAACUCUGCUUCAAGAAAGGCGACCUCAUCACAGUUACACAGCGGGAAGAGGGGGGUUGGUGGGAGGGCACACUCAACGAUAAGACUGGCUGGUUUCCCAGCAACUAUGUUAACGAAUACAAGGCACCCUUGCCGCUCACAGAAACGAUACGACCACCAGAGGAGAUACAGGAAUAUCGUUCGGUUGUGCUGAAAGAUCUACUCGACUCGGAGCAUGCACAUGUUGCCGAGAUACAAGGGCUAUUGGAGAAUUUUCUCGAACCAUUGCAACAGACGCAAAUACUCAAUGCUGAUGAGUACGCCCAGUUGAUGUGCAAUUUUGUAGAAGUUGUUAGAACACACGAAGAAUUGCUCAAACAGAUGGAAGAGUGCAAUGAUCGGGUUGGAAAGUUAUUUCUAACAAAAGCACCGCACAUGAAACAGGUGCAUCAGGCCUACUGUGCUGCCCACCCAAAGGCCAUUGUUAUACUCGACAAGCACAAAGAUGAAUUGGAAAAGUAUAUGGAGCGCCAAGGUGCCGCCUCACCUGGUCUUUUAGUCUUAACGACCGGUCUCUCGAAGCCUUUUCGUCGACUCGAUAAAUACUCGGCCAUGCUGCAGGAACUAGAGCGGCAUAUGGAGAGCAGUCACCCGGAUCGGGGAGACACCCAGCGAAGUGUUGCUGUUUACAAGGACAUUGCGGCGGCUUGCUCAGCAACGAGGCGACAAAAGGAAUUAGAGCUGCAGGUGUUAACAGGGCCAGUGCGAGGCUGGCAGGGUCAGGAGCUCAGUUCAUUAGGUGAUAUAAUACACAUGGGAAGUGUUGCUGUUGGACCUGACCACCGAGAUCGCUAUUUUGUGCUUUUUCCGCAAACUUUGCUGAUACUCAGUGUUAGCCAAAGAAUGAGUGCCUUUAUAUAUGAGGGAAAACUGCCACUAACUGGCAUUAUUGUGAAUCGCCUCGAGGAUAGCGAUACAGUGAAAAAUGCCUUUGAAAUAAGUGGCCCUUUAAUCGAGCGUAUUAUUGCAGUGUGUCAAGGCCCCAACGAGGCGAAUAGAUGGGUUGAGCUGUUAACAUCUGCGAAUCCCACAAUGCCUAUUGGCAUCAAACGUCAAUUGAGCAAUCUAAGCAAUGCAUCAAUGAGCUGUGGAAAUAGCGGACAUGCGCCCCAGCCACCACCACAUAUGUCUCCACCCGCGAACCUCAGCAUGCUGGCGGCGCAACGCACAAACUCCCAACAAGCCACAGCAGCAGCGGCGUCAAUGGCAACCUCUCUGUCGCAUCAGUCACAACACAAACGGAGCCUGUCGUUCAAUCAUCAUCUCAGCUACAAUCAAUACACGCACACUCAGCCUCCACCACCUCAUCAUCAUCUUCCACCACCGCAACAAAGUCUACCAAAUCAUCCGGUGGCGCCAAACCACAAAUCAAAUUUAGUCCCGACAUCGAGCAGUAUUUCAAAGAGCCAACACCAAGCGUCAGCGGCGGCAAGCAUGGCGGCAACCACAAGCGCAAGGAUAGGAAACACAAAAGCUAAUUGGAGCAUAAGAAAUCUGCGACCAGCACCACCAUUGCGUCCCAAUCUGCUCAAUGCAACGACGCAUAGUGGCAGCAGCGGCGGUACUAGUGGCAGUGGCAGCGCUAACGCGCUCGCCAGUUACUGCUGCGGUCGGCGGUUACAGCCAACUUUUGAAGAAGAUGUACUGGUUUUGAGAGUUUUUGAGGGCUAUUGUGCUGCCUUUCAGAAUACAGCGCGCAACACCAUACAUUCGGCCCUGCAACCAUGGACACCUUGCUUGCCGAUACGCGGCGGAAAGCUACAGACUAGCAAAACGUUUUCAUCUUCAAAUCCACAACUGCCACAUCUCUGCAAUACAGGCGUCCCAUUUCCGGGCAGCAGCGGCGCGACUAACCAACAAAACUCCACCAACAGCCUCAACUCUUCGUACAUUUGGCGCGAGGCUAGUCCAAACAAUUUUAAUCUAUAUUCCAGCUCGGUUUCAUCGUUAAAUGCUGCAACAACAGGAAUAGCUGGGAGCGUGAAUGCCGGCGGUUAUCGCUAUUCACUUUCCGGUUCCUCCACCGCUGGUGCGGGUCCUUCUAGUCUGCCCAUCUAUGAACGCGCACUGUCAGAGGAACGCGCAACGCGCAAGUCGCUCAAUCGUUUGAAGAGCGGCUUCGGUUCGGGAUAUGACAAUAUUUUCAUGACACCACUCUUGCCACGUAAAAAUAAACCAACACCAAAGCUGGUGAAAAAUAGCUACCAGACACACCAGCGUUCACCUCCACCAGCGCCAGCGUCCGCGUCCUCGGCGCGUAAUCGCAGCGAUUCGGAGCGUCUCGACUCAACGCCACUGACGAUAACCGAGCAGGGGCCGUCAACACAGCGCCAGCCACCGAAACAACAGCAACAACGUCCACCAGCGCCAGGACUAUACGAUCGCCGCUUAAAUCGCUCAUUCGAAACAACGGUUUCGCACCGAUACGCCGGCUAUGGUGGCGGUUACAUGAUGUCGGGUUAUGGCCAAGCCACAGGCUACAAGAUGACGACACUGCGUCGCAGCACACCGCACUUGGCCGGCGGGGAAGAUGUUGUUGAUGACGCGCGUGAUAGCGACGACGCGGAGCAUGAACAUCACGGCUGUGGCGCCGCAUUGCUGGGCAAUGGGAGCAACAUGACAAAUUGUAAGGCCGGUGGCGAUCACGGCACGGCUGGCAGCAGUGGAGAUGGCGAUAGUCAACGUCAUUCGGGCAGUUGGUGUUGCGGUAAUUUUGUGAUGAAACAAUGGCGCAAAAUGAAUAAUUAUUGAUUGUUAAGUGGCUGC